AUGCUCGGUCGGGCAACCAGAGCUGUCGAGAUGACCCGAGGAGGACGUGAAGGAAACAACGCUUUUUUAAAGUACGAAUCUGCUGCCGGUAGCAGUUUUGGCGGUGUAGAGGCGCUCAUUGAGAGCGGUAUCGGAUAUAAGGACAUCGUGAAGCUUUCAAAGGAGCCCAACAUCGAUUCUUUAUUUGUAAUGCCUCGCGGUUUAAAUUUCUUGGCUGAUUUCGAAGUGGAACAGUCGAAAUAG